AUGUCGAACCUCACUGAAGCUGUACCAGAGCUCUACGAUCCUGCUUUGUCCGUCAAAGUCGUGGAAGUAGCUAAGAAGUACGAUACGGAUCCCAAUGGACCACCACCAAGUCGGACACCAGAGUAUACAGUACCAGGUGGACCAAACAGCUAUCACUGCUCGAAAAAUGUGACUGCUUGGACACAAGGGUUCUUUCCUGGUACAUUAUGGCUCCUAGCUGAACGUGCCGACCUAGACCCCUCGUCCAUCGACAAGCAUUACUCCAAAGAAGAGUUAAUCAAGUUAGCCAGGAGAUGGCAAGCGGACUUCAAGUACCAAGCUAGACCAAGUCCGAAUCAUGAUCAGGGGUUUAGGUUCCAGCUUUCUUAUGGCAAAGACUACGCUAUGACGGGUGAUGAGGAGGCGAAGAAGGUUCUGAUCGAUGCUGCUGAGAGUUUGGUGGAUAGGUACAGUCCAACGGCAGGAUGCAUUAGGAGCUGGGAUUCAAUGACAAGUGUCAAAGACGGAUAUAAAUAUACGAAAGAAAAGAAAGAUGAACAUUAUUUGGUCAUUAUAGAUAAUAUGAUGAAUCUCGAUCUCCUGUAUGAAGCUACAAAAUUAACAGGAGACGAAAGAUAUGCAAACGUAGCGAAUCAUCAAGCUGAAAAGUCCCUCAUCUCACAUGUUCGGAAAGAUUAUACGACCUAUCACGUAGCCAACUUUGAUCAGAAGACAGGAUUACCUAUUGAGCUAAGGACCGCACAGGGUUAUGCGGAUGAUAGUGUUUGGUCGAGAGGUCAGGCCUGGGCUAUAUAUGGGUACGGUCAAUGUGCAUUGAGAACAGGAAGACAAGAUUUCAUUGAUACUGCUCGAAAACUCACCGACGUGUUCAUUUCACUUCUCGGUCCUACAGGUGUUCCAGAAUGGGAUUUCAAAGCUCCUAAGCCAUGUCCUUAUGACGCCUCUGCCGCUACAAUCACAGCAGUCGGUAUGAUCUGGUUAUACAAAUUACUCUUACCUACAGACAAAGACGCGGCUGAGGCAUACUUGAACCGAGCUAUCAAACUUGUUCAAGAUACGGUCAGAGAAUGCUUGACUCCCACUGCUACACUGAAGGAAAAUGGGGAAGUCGAUUUUGGAAAAGACGGAUGGGAGACCAUACUACAGCACUCUACCAUUGUUGGAAAUCCAGCUUCAAAUCGGCAAAUCAUGGAUCAUGGUCUAGUCUACGCCGAUUAUUAUCUGGUCGAAUUCUCCAACGAGCUCCUGAAGAUCCAGCAAGGGAAAUGA